GAUACAUUCAGUGAUGACAUGGAAAUAGAAAAUACAACAUUAUUGACCGAGUUUGUUCUCACAGGACUUACAUACAAACCACAGUGGAAAAUUCCCCUCUUCUUAGCGUUCUUGCUGACAUAUCUUCUCACCAUCAUGGGGAAUCUGGGACUCAUUGCUGUCAUCUGGAGUGACCCUCACCUUCACAUCCCCAUGUACUUGUUCCUAGGGUGUUUAGCCUUUGUAGAUGCUUGGCUUUCAUCCACAGUGACUCCGAAAAUGCUAGUAAACUUGUUAGACAACAAUAAGAUGAUUUCAUUCUCAGAAUGCAUGAUACAGUUUUUUUCCUUUGUAAUAGGUGAAACUGUAGAAUGUUUUUUGUUGGCCACAAUGGCGUAUGAUCGCUAUGUAGCUAUAUGUAAACCUUUACUAUAUCCAACAAUUAUCACCAAUAGACUCUGCAUCCAACUCUUAAUCUUAACAUUUAUGGGUGGCUUUAUUCAUGCUUUAAUUCAUGAAGUACUUUUAUUCCGAUUAACAUUCUGUCAUUCCAAUGUUGUUCAUCACUUUUACUGUGACAUUAUACCACUGUUACAGAUUUCUUGUACUGAUCCUUCUAUUAAUAUUUUGGUGGUUUUUAUUUUCUCUGGAUCAAUUCAGGUUUUCACCAUUUUGACUAUCCUUGUCUCUUACACAUUUAUUCUUCUCACAAUCUUAAGGAAGAAAUCUGAAAAAGGUGUAAGAAAAGCCUUCUCCACAUGUGGAGCUCAUCUCUUCUCUGUCUCUCUGUAUUUUGGGUCUCUUCUCUUCAUGUAUGUACGCCCUACAUCUCAACAAGAAAAUGAUCAAGAUAUGGUAGACUCCUUAUUUUACACAGUCAUAAUUCCUCUGUUAAAUCCAGUAAUCUACAGUCUGAGAAAUAAGAAAGUAAUAGAUUCAUUAACAAAAAUGUUUAAGGUAAAGUUUUAG